UUUAUACUUGGAAAAUCUUUCUAGUUUAAUCAUCCUGCUUCGGGUGUGGCUAAAUCCGUGAAUUUUGAUUCUAUGAAUUAAAUUUCUUUAGCCAUUCUACGUAAAACUUGAAAAGGAAGAUAAAAGAAUGGCGGGAAGUGAGGAACCUGAUUCCACGGAGUUGCAGAACAGCGAUUGCUCUUUCCUAUGGGAUCCUCAAACUCGUCUCUACUUCCAUGCCAGUAGUGGAUUUUACCAUGACCCAGAUGCUGGAUGGUACUAUAGCAGUAGAGAUGGUCUUUAUUACAAAUUUCAGAAUGGAAAUUAUGUGCUUUUGGACUCUUAUUACAAGGAAGGAGCUGUGGCUGAUAAAAAUGGCGAGGAGUAUUGCUCUUCAUCUCAGGGCAAUGGGAUUGGUGCUCCCGCUAAAAUAAGGAAUGUUGGUGAUGAAUCUGGCAGUGCAGGUCAGACAGAGGGUGCCUGCAAUCAAGUGCCUGAAAACCCACAGCCACCAUCAGAAUGGUUAGAAGAUACGCUAAUUGACUUAUACCUCUCUGGUUAUAACGCUGUCAAUUCUGCUGCUGAUGCAACCAUGUCUUUGGGAACAGACAACAGUGAGAACUCUAAGUUUCCUUCUGAUGGAACUGAUGAAACCUACGAGAUAGAAGAGGGCGAAUGGAUCCCAGAGGAAAAUCAUAAUUUAGCUGAUUCAAGUGAAGGGGUCCCAUAUGAAGGUGAUACAUGGGAUGAAGAGAACUGGAGGGCACAAUAUGGUCAAGUCACGCAAUCUGGGGAAGAGCCUGUGCUUGAAGUCCCAGUUGUGGAUUUAUGGGACUGGGUGAUGAUGACAGGACCAAGAAAGGAUGGAAAAGGUCAGGUGGCUAGACUGAUAGGACGGCUGGUAAAGCGGUCUGCUAAGGUUCAUCCAUCCAUGCCUUCAGGUGGCGGUCUAUUAAAAACAGCGCCUAUAUGUGAAGUGCAUCUUGAUCUGGUACGAGUUAGAACAGGGCAAGUGUACAAGUUGCGAAGUCCAAGUCCUAGGUACUUAGCUUCCUUGCCAACAUACGAUUCUUCUGACCCAACAAAAGAUUGGGGCUUCCCUGAUUUGUCAGUCAAUAAGAAAGUUUGCCACCAGUUUAAAUCUGGGCAAAAAGAUAAAUCAGAAGCAACGGGAGAGAAAGUCUUAAAAGAUUUGCCUAUAUUGUCAGAUCAGCCCUCUGCAUCUAUUAAGAAAUUUCAGCAGAGAAGCCAUGUAUACCGGGAUAGAGCUGCUGAGCGAAGAACCUUGCAUGGUGGUUUUGGUCUGGGUCCGGGACAAAAAAAUGUAGCAAUUGGUCAUGAUAGUGAUCCUACCUAUGCAGAGGAUGCCAAAGCUGAAGCCUUGAACAUGUCAUUUGGUGCUGGGAGUUAUGCCAGACGAAUUCUAGAAGGCAUGGGCUGGAAGGAGGGAGAGGCACUUGGUAGCACCACAAAGGGCUUGACAGAGCCAUUACAGCCAAUCGGAAACAUUGGUAGUGCUGGAUUGGGAUGGCCUCAAACAAGGCGCUGCUAAAAAUUACUAGGUAUCAUCUGUCUGAGAUUUGAAUUAUUUGUUCGGAAACUGCCUGCAGUCAUAGAUAUACUAGCAUCUUGUAAUUCUGACUGAAAGCUACAGCAUUUAGGUUUAAAAAUUCCUGUCCUGUUUUGCACAAACAGAAACAAGACGUCAAUUAAUCCUAGAGAAGAAGAAAAAAAAUGGCUUAUGCCUCUGUAAUGCAAUCUCUUAAGAAGCUUUUCUUCUGUGACUAAUGCCAGAUUUUUUAUACAGAGUACUUAAAUACAAGGCAAACAGAGCUUUUGC